AUGUCUGACCAGCACCGAAAUUACGGGCUCGCAGCGCAUGGCCGAGAUGAGGGCCGCACGGCCGAGAAGACCGAGAGAAAGGAGGAGGCGACGACGACGACGACACUAUAG